AUGGCACAGAACGCUUUGAGUUUUGUACAACAAUAUUCUUUGUUUGUCUCUGAAAAGGAAAGGUUGACCCAUGACAUCGUAGUAAUGAGGCGAACAGACAGGCUGCUUAAAGAUUUGAUUACGCUGCGAAAUGAACUCGAGUAUGUUAAGGAGGAUUAUGUAAAUAGCGAGAAUUUCACACAGUUAAAAAAUGAAGUGACGAAACUUAAGCAAGCGUCCUUAGUUAAAAAUUUUGAGUGCAACAAUUAUGUGAAUAGAAUACGGGGAUCUGCUAAUUUACAAGAUAGUUUUAAUUGUGAAAGUGGUCCAAUUGGUAUAAUACAUAUACCGCCCGAGACAACGACAUCUAAUAUUCACACAAGGACGACCGUGACAAUGAGUCAGUGCACUACUAGUGGCACACGGUCUGCCCCUGCGCAGCGCUUCCCGUCUCCAUCGCGUGCACCGGAUGGCGAAUCAUCUGUCUCUGUUACACAGCGCAUCGAGGUACCCGUGGAGGCCCAUGCAGAUGUUUCAAACGUGUCUGAAACCGCGUUACUGGCCUCAUUAAAUGAGCAUCGCAUAGAUCCCGAACGCGCAACCACACAAACUAAUACACAAAUGAGUAUGUCGGAACUUGUGCGUAGUAAUAAUAAUGGUAUUACUUGGAAGGAACAGCAAAAAAGUGAAGAGUGGAAAUUAGUGCAGAGCAAAAAAUAUAGGAACCGUUUUAACAGCGAAAAGGGCACCUACAUUGAUUUAGAGCAAAAGUUCGGCGCAGCGGAUAUUCUAAUAGCACUGUUUAUAAAUAAUGUACAUGUCGAUACAUGUGAGAGUGACAUUAUAUCGUACAAAAAAGUAAAACUAACAUAA